AUGAAAACUCUGAAAACUACAUACAUGGGUCCUCACGACUUGAAGCCAUCCGAUACACCCUUCGAUCCAAUUUCUGUUCCUUUGUUCUAUCAAAACACAUACCCCGAAGACGAAGGUAAAGAUAUUGCGAAGAAGAAACUUCCGCAGGUAGCAUGGGUGUCCACCCUGCUACCCUUGGCUAUGUACUUCAUCAUAUCAACUGGUAUCGCCUUGAUGGUUCUCUGCUACGUAAGCAAUCGCCCUUUCAACACCAUCCAUCGCAGGCCCUAUGUACGAACGAUCGAUGGACAGCUGCCAACCUCAUUUUCCCUCGCCCAAUCAGACGUUGUUGCGCUUCUUUCAACCCUCAUCGUAGUCCAGAAAUGGGCACUCAUGGGGUGGGUGGUCCCCCUUUGCUGGUCCAUCGCUAUCAUUCUCAUGGAGAAGUACGGCCUAUAUCGCCGAGAUCUUAAAACGCUGGUCAAGUACCGGGUACUCGCACCAAGGACGUACUUUGCAAGCACUCCUACAUUUGUCAUCGGGACUUUAUUAUUAGCUAGCUUGGCUGCGAAUUCGAUUUCCCCUCUUUUAACGGGGUCUAUAGUUUGGGAUCCACAGAACACACCUAUACGCUAUUUAUCCACAGCUCCUAUACCUUUCCUAUCAGCGGAAAACGAGUCCGGAGAUGUUAUUCCUGGGUCAUUUAUGGACUUAUACAUGAGCAGCGACACAUUGCGCCAGGAUGUGGCUAGGUGGGGCUCAGGCCUGGUUGGCAUUGCAUGGAAGCGUGAGCCCGAGAAAGGGGUGCUCAAGGUAGUCUCAAAGCUUGUCGAGACGCUAGCAAUCAACAGCACUGUCGAAACGGUCACUCUUCCGUACUUUGCCAUUCAUUCCGUCGAGUGGAUACGAAACGAAAAUGAUCUUCCUGCCUAUGCAAGAAACAUACGCCCGGAGGAAGCUAUGCAGCAAUCAUUAAACCUGUCGCCAGGAGGAGCCGUUACGAUAUUCACAGGGGCCUCCAUACUGGUACCAGAUCUAUCUAAUCCCACCAACUGGUCGAACGAUCCGUGGGUCUCUAGAACGAUAGAAGGAAAACGGCUAUUGAUUCAUUCAGUUGGCUCAAUGGACGAGUUCAAAUACAUGUCAACCCGAGGACUACCUCCCGGCGCAUACCUGUAUGUCGACAAGGUCACUGAAGAGCCCUUUGCGUUCGCUUGGGUCACGUUUAGCGCUGGGGUAGGAAAGUGUAAAAACCAUCAGUGCAUCGUGUCAUCCUCUUCUACCAUACAGAGCGAUGCUCGAAUUAGCCUCGAGCCACACCCCUUCACUUUUCAAGCGCUGGAAAUGGCAGCUACGGUCUCUGCUGCUCUAGUUUAUCAAAACACUUCGAUUCCUUACCCAUGGGAGAACUUUGACGACUAUAUCGAAGCGCUUCUCGUGCGCUCGUACUCGGCCGCAUGGAACGCAAUCUCGAAUGUCAUGUCGGCGUCACAGACCGCAUCGGGCUAUUACCCUGCUCUUCCAGGCCUUGUUGCCAAGGUUGACCACGCACGCGUAUUCGGCUGGUUGGGGCUCCAGAUAUCCGUUACGCUUCUCAGCGUCGUUUUCCUUGUUUUGCACCGCAAUAUUUCUAGCUUUCCCCUACUUGGCGACGUGACUCUUGUUGCCUUUUACUUGGACACCACAAGCCUCCCAGAGAGCGGCAGUCCAUAUACUUCUCUUCAUGGAGCGCUCAAGGUUGACGACGAAGAUAGAAAGCUCAAAGUGAGGCUGAUACAAGAUCGAGAUACGGACGCCUAA